AUGCCCAAAAGCUUCAUCACAAAGGUUCAAUCGCCUGUGCGACACAGCCUUACCCUUCCAACGGACUUGAAUCCAUCACCAAGCUCAAAUCCCUCGAUCAUCAAUGAUGCAUUAAACGUGCGACUUAAGGUGUUCGUGGGUGGUCAAAACACCGAUCCUGCGGAUGAAAUCGACGGUGAUGACGCUCGCAGCUGGCAUUGGGUUACUUAUGACAAUGAGGACCCUCAGAACCCGAUUCCAGUCGCAACCAUCCGAUUGAUCCCACCGCCACAAGUCCCAUAUGAGAGUCUUCUAGAUUCUAACCAAGGAAGAAGGGCAGAAUGGCCGAAAUAUGACCUGUUCAAUGAGCCGUCCAUCAGACUUGGACGGCUGGCGUGUCUAGAGGAGUAUCGGGGAUACGGCCUGGGCAAAGGUGCAAUCCAGGGGGCGCUAUACUGGGCAAGAGAACAUCCGACCGAGAUCAAUUUGGCUUUACUAGACAACUUGCGCGAAGUUGGUGGUGAUGAGCGCACGCUACCUGGCGGGAAGUGGUCUGGUUUGGUGCUUGCACAUGCGCAGGCACAUCGAGAAGCGAUGUAUGCGCGACUUGGGUUUGUUACCUAUGGGCAGUUAGGAGUUUGGGAAGGCUUUGAACAUGCUGGCAUGUCAUUGCGACUCGAUGUAAAGAGAGAAUCGCACCUGUAA